GACCAGUCUUCCUUCAAGAGUCCAUCGUGUCGCUGAUUGCACAAUGUCAAGUGGUUUCCUUCUGCCACUGUGAUAUAAAUCACGUUUUAACGAGGAAGUUUUCUAAUUUUAACAAGAAAGUAUCUCGUAAUAACGAGAAACUUUGUCGUUAAAACGAUGUUUAUAUCACGUUUUAAUGAGAACAUUUCUCGUGGUUACGAGUUACUGGUCCUGAGUUUUUUUCGCCGCACUCACGGUAAUUCGCUUCCGUACGAUCACAUUGAACGCAGCACACUCUUUCGGAAUCGGCGCUCGAGAUCUGAGCAGCUGGCAGCCGCGGGAAGCGAGAGGAGAGGAGACGCGGUCCGAUGCAGACGAGAAGGCAACCGAAGAGUAUCAGAUGAGGAACUUUUGCACUUGGAAAUAUGGUGCAGUCUACCUAUUAUUGGUGCUGGGUGUUUUAAUCCUGUUGCAGCAUAAAGAGUUGACUGAAAUGAGGACCUUUAUUCGACCAAAGUUUGAAAGUAAAGUUGAGGCAACCCCUGUGUCAAAAGUAAAGAGCCCCCCGACUGUUUCCAAUGACACUCACAGGCCUAGCAGUCCAUGCUCCUUCCAUCCACUAAUCUCAAACAACGCUGUUGACCUUCUACAAGAUUUAAAGUCGUGGCCCAAAACUCCACCUUUACCAUCUCCCUUUUCCAUGAAUACAACCAGUGAUCCCGCUCAUAGCUACUUCACCGUUCUCCCGCGGAAAGGAGGUGGAAGUUGGCACACAGGAGAAGAACUGGAGGUCUUGAUAAACAUUAACGACUUUCAUGGUAAGCCCAAGAAGACUGGAGGAGAUGUCUUAUUUGCUCGUCUGUACAGUCAAAAGCUCCAUGCAGGUGUGGCAGGGCAAGUGGUUGAUCAUCUCAACGGUUCCUAUUCUGCUUUCUUCUCUUUACUCUGGGAAGGAAGUGCACAAGUUGAGGUGACCCUAGUUCACCCCAGCGAGGCAGUCACAGUGCUGCAAAAGCUAACCCAAGAGCAGCCUGACAGGAUUUAUUUCCAAAGCCUUUUCAGUUCAGGAUCAGUCUCUCAAACUACCACCUGCAACGUGUGCCUCAAUGCAACCCAGGAGAAAGUCUGCAAUUACACUGACCUCAACACAGGUGAGCAGUGGUUCUGCUACAAGCCAAAGAACUUAGCCUGUGAUACGAGGAUGACCCAUGCCAAAGGAGGAUUCAAGCAAAAACUCACACCAAUGGAGGAAAAACUCUUUCAAAGGAACGUGAACAUGAAAGUGUCCAUUCCAGCUUUAGGACCUGCAAACAUCACUGUGUUGCCAAAAAUGAAAGGAAGAAAAAACAAGACUCCAAAGAGUAGCCCAUCUGGAUAUUACUACCAGGGUGAGUGGCAAGCAUUGGCUGGCACGGUAGUGCAACAUUUUAACAAUUCCACAGCAAUGAGCCAAUGUCUGAAAGGGAAGGUGGUCCACCUGUAUGGAGACUCCACCAUCAGGCAGUGGUUUGAAUACCUCAGUCACUCACUGCCAGAUCUCAAAGAGUUUGAGCUGACAUCAUCAAGGCAAAAUGGACCAUUCAUGGCUUUGAACUUUGCAGAGAACACCUUAGUGACAUACCAUUGCCAUGGCCCUCCCAUCCGUUUUGCCAGUGUCCCAGUUACUCAGCUGCGUUAUGUUGCCAAUGAACUGGACAGAGUCAAUGGAGGCACCAACACUGUGGUUGUUCUUAGCAUCUGGUCACACUUUAGCACUUUUCCUAUUGAGGUUUACAUCCGACGGAUCCUGAGCAUUAGGAAGGCAGUGAUGCGGCUGCUGACUCGGGCUCCAGGAACACUGGUCGUCAUCCGAACCGCAAAUCCCAAACAACUAUCUCUUUAUGAGGCACUGACCAACAGUGACUGGUAUUCACUGCAGCGUGAUAAGGUUCUCAGGGCCAUAUUUAAAGGAGUAAAUGUCAAACUGGUGGAUGCCUGGGAGAUGAGUCUGGCCCAUGAGCUGCCACACAGCCUCCACCCACAACCUCCAAUAAUCAAGAAUAUGAUUGAUGUUCUUUUGUCCUACAUAUGUCCUGUAGCAAGAAAGUGAUGGUGAUGCAUUCAGAACAGCAUUUUAGGCCACAGAGAUUUGGACUAGGUAUACAGGUAACCACUGGUGCUUGAUCACAUGUUCUUAUAGCUUAAUAUAUGAGCAUUAACAACAAUGGCUUCAUUGUUGUUGUCGGUAAAUGUCACAACACACGUUUCUGAAUACUCCUCACUGCACUAACCACAUCACUUGUCAGCUGUUGUGUCUAGUGACUAAACCGGGGUUUUCUCUCAGGGUAUUGUUCGGUUUAAACUCCAUCAAUGAGUGUUAGGAGAAAAAUCUUUUCAGACACAGAUUUUUUACAGAAUUUCUUGAUUUAGCAAAGGCCCAAUUGGGGUAUCUGCUGGUUUGGAAUACUUUAUUGGUGAAUCUAUUUCUUUUAUUUUAAUUUGUCUUUGCAGCAGGGGUGGAGUUAGAGGGUGCCUAUUUGGGCUCAAGCCCCAAAUAUUUUCUGAAAAGCUCCAAAACUAAAUUUGAAGGGUAAAAAUAAAAAUAACUCACAUGCAGUACCAAAAUCCACAAGAGAUGGUGCAUCAGCGUAGUCUGCAUACAGCCUGCUGGAGUUACCCCCGAACAAGUCAUGCUUUAGUAGCAGUCUGCAGGCUGCAUCUGAGACAGGAUGACGUGACACAAGUUUUGUUUUUGGGACUGAAAACCCACAAAAUAAUGAAAACAUCAGCUGUGAUUAUUCUGGUUCGUGCAUUUUAUUUAAAAUCUGUCAAUAAAGUUGUGUUAGUAAGAAAACUAAUGAUAGCAAUAAUGAAGGUUUCAUGGGGCGAAUCCGCACAAGCUGGGAUGAUUAUUAUAAGAGUGAAAAGCUGAUUCUCCCUGGGUGACUUAAGAAGUUAAAAAGAGCAAAAUAACUGUAGAGGUACUAAAUAAAAAAAUCUAAUAAAAUGACAAAAAUACUUAUUUGAUUUUGUAAAUGCAUAUAUGGAAGAUGUUUAAUAUUUUUUGUACUUUUUCAUACUCUUCUCCCAAUAAAAUUAAAUAAAGAAGGCUGUCUCUGAACUGUAUUUAAAAUGACAAAAGUAAAUUUUAACUUGAUGAAAAUCAUGAAAUUUCUUAAAUUGUGGUUAAACAGUAACAUCUAAAAGACUAGCAAGGUGGGACCUAUAAACUAAUAUUUAGUUGAACAGCAUUUUGAGGGGAUCACUCUAGCCAACUGUUUUCUGACUGAGUCAGACUUCUGCACCUGUUGUUGGGUGUUUUACCCAUGUGAUGAAUGUACACAUUAAUAAAACCUUCAGAUGCCA